GCACAUAGCCUCGAGGGCUUGCACUACUGAUGUUUGAAGCUUGGCUGCUCGGGGGUUAAUAUGACCCUUUAACCACCUUGGAAAGUUGCGCUUCCGAGAGGAGGUGGAGUUGUUGACCAAAAGGCAGCCAACACCAGCAUUCGAGAGUUUAUUUGAGGUUGUAUGUUGCAAAUUUAAAACUGCGGUGUCUGUGGAUUUGCAUUGCAAAGGGUGGACGGGACAAAGUCACAAAUAUUUGUGCUCUGAACAGGCUUUUAUUUUUUAUUUAAACUUAAACUGAUAUUUUUUAAUUGCAGUAAUUUAAAGGGUUGCUUUUCAUCCGUCAAUAUUCGAACAUGGUGCUGUUCCAACGUUGUUUGAGACACCUUGUAAUUAGUCAGCGUGUUUCUAAGUUAAGUUAUGUUCCUGCGCGGACUCCAACCAAAUUCCAUCAAUGUCAGAACAGUAACUUUGGCUUCAGUUAUUACUGCACCACGGCAGGGAUUGCAGAUUUGAGGGAACGCACACUAAUUGCAGUGAAGCCAGAUGGAGUACAACGCCGUCUGGUGGGCCAGGUAGUCCAACGCUUUGAAAAGAGGGGCUUCAAAUUGGUGGGUCUGAAGAUGUUGAAGGCUCCAGAGGACCUGCUGUCUCAGCACUACCAAAACCUCCAGAAGAAGCCCUUCUUCCCUGAAGUGCUUUGCUACAUGUCUUCUGGCCCUGUGGUUGUCAUGGUGUGGGAGGGAUACAAUGUGGUACAAACAUGUCGCAUGAUGGUGGGGAAGACCAACCCAGCAGAGGCAGACCCUGGGACUGUACGAGGGGACUUUGGCAUCCAUGUUAGCCGCAAGAUGGGUGAUGAAAUUUGCAUGUGCAGUCUGAAAUCAGAACUUGGCUUAACAGAUCAGGAACGUGGUUCAUGCCAGUGACUCAGUAGAGGGAGCCCAAAGGGAGAUCCAGCUGUGGUUUGACUGCAAAGAGCUGAUGGACUGGGACUGCUGUGAUCACAACAAAAUAUACGAGCUAUGAGAGACAGGGAGCAGAGUGUGCUGCCUACCAGAAUUGCACCAUGGCAACACUAGGAUUACCUUUAAUUGUGUCAUUAUAGGUCACACUUGUGUUUCCACUACCCAGCAGUCCAAUGCAGAUAAAGCAGGGAAUCAGACUAAACCUGCAGCCUGGUCCCACAACUUCUUUUUUCUGUGGGACUAAUACUUUCGCCAUGAGAGUAUUGAACAAGACUCUGUUACUCCCUGCACGCUGCUAUCUAUACCAAGGACAACACCCACCUCUCUUCAUUCUCUGUUUCAGCAUUACCCCCCCCCCCCCCCCCCCCCCAAACAUCCGUGAAAUUAACUCUUAAUCCUUUAACCAUAAUUUCACCACAAUCAGUACAAUUCAGUACAAUUUACUUCAGAAUAAAUAAUUAAUCAGAACACUCAUUAGGUUUGUAUUAGGUUUUCCAAGUCAUGAAUGGGGGUUUCAAAAACAACAUUUUAAUGGCUUGAGUAAUUUGUGUCAGGUUUCAAAGUCUAUAGCCAUGGUUUCUAUGCAGUACACAUUUUUAUUUUGGCAAGGGCACAGAGGUUCAGUGCACCCAAUCAGGAUUGUUUCUUGAGCCUGUCAUACUGCUUACAGUGAAACAAAAGGAGACAAAUAUAUAAACAGUCAGGUUUUUCCUCUCACAGUUUUUCUCUUGUCAGGAAUAUGUUCACAAAUACUGUGUGACACUUGUUACUAAUAAGCCAUUUAAAGGUCUCUAUUUUCUGACUGUUACAGGUAUGUUGUCAUUACAAUGCAACUUCCUCCCUGCAGUUUUAUUGUGAUUUAUCUCUAAACACUACUGCUAGACCAUAUUAGUUGUGCUUGAAGAUCAAAAUAAAAAAGAGUACCACAAGCUACAAAAAAAGACAAUGGACCGAGAUGAACCCUUCACAAGAUAGCCUACAUUUUAAUCAGAUAAAAUUGCAUUCUAAUGUUUACAAUUCAUAUAAAGUGUUUAUGUGCUCUAGUUAUUUAAUAGGAUUAUUGUCAUCUUAAUUUAAUCUUCAGAUUAGAGAUUGAUUUUUCAGAUGUAAAUAAUGUGAAAUUGAUAAUGUUAGGUAAUAAUGGUGAAUAUACUCACAUCAAAAUCAUGUUGGGAUGAGUGAGCAACAUAAACAAUUCAGUGAACCCUGUGUACUAAAAAUCAAUAUACACCUUUUUUCAACAAGAACAUCUCAAUCCUCUGUAUAUCUUUGUCUGAUAAAACUGGUUUUGCCUGAUGAAGAUCUACAUAGGAUUGAAAGUUUGUUGUUGGAUAAAGGUAUAUCAGUGUAUGAGUUUCAGUGUGUGGACUUUACUGAAUUGUUUAAAUGGAUAAUGUUAUCCAUAAAUUACAUUGCCAAACAUCAAAAGAAUGUCAAAGAAAAUACACCUGAUAAACUUGAACAAAAGCAGUUAACUUUUCCUCUCUCGGUGUAAUUUUUGUCUGUAAAUAUUUACCUAAACAUCAUUUUGGACUUCUGCGGUUGUCAAGGACAUUGUCAUGGAAAAGUCGGAGUUCUGGAAAGUGGUGUAUAGAUAAAAAGAAAAACUGACAAGUUCACCCCAUCACCCUGGCCAUGCUGAAUAAACUGUGCCAAAUUAAGAACCAAUUCAGUAUAUAAUAUUGUAAAUAUUUGCCUUAAUUACGGCAAGGCUAUGUUGGAUUUGUUUUUAAUUAUAUAUUUCCACUGAAA